GGACGUGAGGCAUACGCGCUAGAUCAGAGCCGUAAGGAAAAAAAAAAACAAUAGGAGAAGAGUAAACAAAACAUGAAAAGUACGCUAUGACGACGACCAUGACUCACUCUGUAUCUUCUUCUUCUUCUUCAGAAUCUAAUAAAACCAAAAAAAAAAAACAAUUAAUCAACGCAGCAUAGAAAAAGCUCUCUUCAUCGACCAAGUCUCUAUAAAGCAUCGUGGCGUUCGUUUAGUUCAAAAGAACACAGCCAUGAGAACAAAGAACAAAGGUAAAGUGCACCCAUCUCCUUCCCCGCUUCCACCAUUGUCUUCUUCUUCAAAAGGAGACGACUGUCUCUCUGUCCUGAAGCUUCUCCCCGCCGUGAUUCUCGUUCUCGUCUCUGAUCUCUCCCCAGAAGAUAAACAAGUCCUUGCUUACUUAAUCACUAGGUCACUCAAAACCACCACCACCACCACCGUGAACGCCGGAGGAAGAAGAAGCUGUUGCGAUUCGAAGAACAAGAAAUCAAGGACUCAUCAUAAAGCUCCCGAUUUCGAUUGUGAAUGUUUCGAUUGCUACACGAGUUACUGGUUUAGAUGGGACUCUUCCCCUAACCGUGAGCUCAUCCACCAGAUCAUCGAAGCUUUCGAAGAUCAUCUCGAGAAUAAUAAUAGCUCCGCUGCCUCCCAGAAAUCAAACGGUAAGAAGAAGAAGAAGGAUAAAUCAAGUCGUCGCCGUGGUGUCGAAGAAUCACCGAUUGCUAGCGAAAUCACGGAGCCCGUGGUUGUGCCGCCUUGCGAUGAAGUGAAAUCACCGGAAAAGUCAACAGAAAUGUUGAGUUUGGCGGUGGCGGCGGCGCCUGGGCACAAGGGUUUGGCGUGGAAAGUGUUACCGGACGUGAUAGGUUUAUUCAAUUCGCGUUUUUGGAGGCUUUGGAAUCCGAACGCGUAGAUGCAUAUCUUCGGCUCGAAACAAAUGCUGUUUUUUUUUUUUUUUUUGGAAUCCAAAACAAAGCUUAAUGCUUUUUAUAUGAAAUAUUUGAUAGAACACACCUAGUUAUGUUGGUUGUAUAAUACUGAAAUGAUGAUAAAACAUAUGUUGCUGUAUA